GGUAACAAGUUGAGAGGUCGUGUUAGCAAAACGUUAAGGCGGCUACACUUUUGCUGCAGUCAUAGUAAGUAAAGGCACCCUCAGAAAGCGAAGUUAUCUUAGACUAAUAUCCGGCGAAAAAAACGUUGGUUGGGAAAACGGUCCGUGAGCGAGCGUCAACGGGCGGCACCUUUGAGGGCUAGCUUAGUAACGCAGUUGUUGACCAGCUUUCGUAGUUAGCUAACAUUAGCAAGCUGCUAGCUGGCUCGCAAAGUUGAUAUGUCGCAACCAAGUGCUUGGACUUAUUGGAGCUAACAUUACUACCUCACUUAAACUGAAAGUAACUUUGAUUCUGGAGGAGAAACACGAAAGAUGGCUGUGUCGGUGCGUGGCCUGUACUUUGUGGUGACCCUGUUUUUGGGGAGCUUCUUUGGAAGUGUCUUCAUGCUGGGUCCAGUUUUGCCCCUCAUGCUGCUGUCUCCUGCUUGGUACCGCUGGAUCACCGAUCGUGUCGUCGCCACCUGGCUCACGCUGCCUGUGUCCUUGUUGGAGCUGGUAUUUGGGGUGAAGGUGGUGAUUACGGGCGAUGGCUUCGUUCCGGGAGAGCGAAGUGUGAUCAUCAUGAACCACCGUACCCGUCUGGACUGGAUGUUCCUUUGGUGUUGUCUGCUCCGGUACAGCUACCUCCGUCUGGAGAAGAUCUGCCUCAAGGCUGCACUGAAGGCUGUGCCUGGCUUCGGCUGGGCAAUGCAGGUGGCCUGCUUCGUCUUUAUUCAGCGAAGUUGGGAGGAUGACAAGAAGCACAUGGGGAACAUGCUGGACUACUUCUGUGACAUCAGAGAGCCCCUGCAGCUGCUCCUGUUCCCGGAGGGCACAGACCUCACUGAAAAUACAAGAGCAAAGAGUGACGUGUUUGCUGCGCAGAACAACCUGCCGAAAUUCGAGUAUGUGCUGCAUCCCCGCAGCACUGGAUUCACCUUCAUUGUCGACAGACUGCGAAAAGGUGACAAUCUAGAUGCCGUCCAUGACAUUACAGUCGCAUACCCCAAGAACAUCCCUCAGACAGAACGCCACCUCAUCCUGGGGCAUUUCCCCCGUGAGAUCCACUUCCACGUACGCCGCUACCCAGUGGCUUCCCUGCCCAGCUCUUCCUCCGACCUGGAGUCUUGGUGUCGAGAUCGCUGGGCCGAGAAGGAGAUCCGUCUGCGAGACUUCUAUUCAGGCCAGCCCCGGGGCUUUGAUAGGGAAGGCGUUGCACGUGUGCCACCUUGUAAGACGGAGCUGCGAGUGACUCUGAUCAAAGCCGCCUCACUGCUGUACUGGAGCAGCUUCAUCGCUCUGUGCUUCACCGGCCUGUGGCUGUGGUCUCCAUUCAGGCUCUACUGUCUGGUCAUGGUGGGAGUAUUUACGGCCCAGCAGAAGCUGAUUGGCGGGCUGGAGAUGCUGGAGUUGGCCUGCCAUCGAUACUGGAAGUCCAUGGCUGCCACCGUCGGAGAGAAGAGUAAGGUGCUGGAAGAGAAAAUGCAGUGAGGAUGGAAGACGGAGUUGACUGGACAAUGACAUGCGUUUCCACCUAUGCUCAGCAAGGACACUGAGGACUCAGUUUUCUUGCCCUGUUCAGUCCAGAGGGCAAAUGGAUCCUUUUGAGGGAUCCAAUGCUCCAUGCCUUAGAAAGGGAGUAAUGAGUUCACUUCCUGGCGGUUUGCAUGGCUUCAGUGGAGAGCGCUUACCUUUCUGUUGAAGAAAAAGAGGAAUGUUAUUUACAUGUAUCUGUGAAUGUGGAUUCAAGGAAUUCAUCACACAUAAUGCGUCACUUGCCUUUUGUAUGUCUCUCCGUGUUAUUUAGCUUGCAUUUUUAUCAGUUUAUGUUGUUGGAUGUUUACUGUCGUCGUUAGGUCAGAACCUCAGUAUAGACAUGUCAUGAAACAAUGCUGUUAGGAUUUGUUAUGCUGUUGCCAUGUCUUUGAAACUUGUUUUAUUGUAUGCGUUGUUGCCCUUGGUUUUAUAUCCGUGUCAUAAAUUAUGGAGCAGAGCCAUAGUACAGACCUCAUCUACAUAUGAUGACUUGACUCUAACCAAUAUUCAAAUCAGCACUGCAGUAAGCUGGAAUAGAAUGAUGGGACUAGUUAAAUGAAUCGGUUUCGAUUAGUCGUCUCUAGCUAGGAAAGAGAAGGUUUGAUAUAUUUCCCAGAGAUUUACUUAGGAAUAUACAGGUAUAUAUGUGUACCAUUGUUUACCUUUAUUGGGUAUAAUUACCCUUUUAUACACAUUGGGGAAGGAAGUUUCCCCAGUAAGUCCUUAGAGAUAACUUGUGUAAUGGUGUUUAGUACUGUAUAGGUUUUGAAACAUGAACAAUGUUUUGUUUCUGCUUGUUUGCUCAAGUAGCUUUUGCACAUAAAAGCCAAAGGUGAGAAAAGCAGAUGUGAUUUUAAAAAGCAACCAAACAGAAUGUCUUGUUAGAAAAGAGGCGCCUCUCCCACCACCGGCAAGGUUACCCACAGCUACGCUGAGGUAACACUUGUUAUCAUCAAGAUCAAAGAUCUGACUGAGAUCUUGUGUCUGUACAAGCAGAUGAGCUUUGUGCCCUUUCUGGGAAUGAAAGGAUGCCUUUUAGAGGCAGGAUGUGAGUGGUGGGGCUGGGGUGGAAGAAUGUCCUGUUGGUACAACAUUACCCCUCGGUGUGCAGGGUGGCAUAGAGAACCAGACUUGGAGUGGAAAACUGGCCAUGAACUCAACCUAAUCCAAAAAAAACCCUGUAAUGCCCACCUCUGCCCGUGUCCCUCUCUAGAGGACUGGCAUUGAUGCGCCUGCUAAACUCAAUUAGCAAAUGACAGCUGAGAAAGCUGCUGCAAUUGUGCCAAAAAAGGACAGAAAUUGAAACAAGAUUGGAGUGGCGCUUCGACCUCACUUUUAGCCACCGACGCUCCUUGCCACUCAAUACUACUUUAAUUCUGUGAGUCCGGAAACAUUUGUGUCUUAGACAGUCUAGCACUUUCUGUAACACUGUGCGUUGUGUGAUCUAGAUGACCACUUCAACCCUAUAUUGUGAGACAAUUGUCUGACUGAACUUGUUGUGUUUAUAUGAAUCUAGAGCUCCCUUAGUUGUAAGUGUAAAGAGGCUGUUUCCAGUCACUGUGAUUCAGCGAUGUUAACAAUUUUCCCAUCAGCAUGUCGUAGUUUACCAACACAUGGUACUAUAUCAACAUCCUCAACCCUGAACCAGCCAGAAUUCUCCACGUAUUACUCUUUCACCUGUGCUGUUUUUCUGUAGCUCAUUUUACAAUCACUCGCUGAUGCUGGACCUCUUCAUCAAAGUCCCUGUCCUCAGGUAAACAAGAGUCAAUCUCUUACAGGAGGAAAUGUAUAUCUAAAUAAAUAUACUGUAUAAACUCA